UUCAACAUGGCAGCCAAAGAGGUAGUCAGUUCGUUACAACGUGAAGUUGAGCUUGCAAAAGAAGGGCUAAAAAACGUCGAUGAGAACAUCAAAAAGUUAACAGGAAGAGAUCCGUCGGAGGCAAGAGGACCAGCUGGUAACAGGCGUAUUGUUGUGAAGCGGAACUUUGGUGAGCGGGUUGGUGGACCUCCUCAGAAGAGAUUUAAUGCUGGAAAUACAUUCAACAGGCUUGGUCCUCGAGGAAAUGACAGAAACAAUCGACGUUUUGGACAACUGGAGAGUGAUGGAGAAGAAGAAGAGGAUGAUGGAAAAAAGCCCACACUCCAGUCGUCAAUUGUAGCAACACCCACACCUUCUCGGCAACAACAAGAAGCCAAAACUGACAAGAAAACACAAACUAGAAACAAACGAAUGUUUGGGGUUCUUCUUGGAACUUUACAAAAGUUUAAGGAAAACAGCACGAAGGAAGCAGCACGGGAACGAAAGAGAAAACAAAUUGAGAAGAAACUUGAAGAGGCUGCCAUACAAGAAAGAGAGCAAGCAAUUCGUAAAAAGAAAGAGCUUUUUGUUGCUCGAAGAGAGCAACAGACCAAAUUGGAAGAGUUAGAACGAAAAGUAGAAGUGGCAGAAAUGUUAGAAGAAUGGGAAGAUCAUGAUAGAAAAUUGAGCAAGUUUAUCAGAACAAACACAAAGCCUCAUAUCUUCUAUCUUCCAGCAAAACACAAUGAUUAUACUCUUGGCUUGCUGGAGACAACUGCCAAACAUGUUGAAGAUGAAAUUAAGAAACGAAGACAAGAAAUAUCUGAGGUGUUACACCAGCCAGCAGAUGGUGAGCCUGAGUCAGUGGUACAUGUGGAUAAUCAGGGGCCUGAUACAAGACAGGAGGUAGAACAUAGUGAUGAUGAGGGUAGGAGAAGGGUUAAGGGGAGACAAAGAGAGGUGAUUUUGACUAGGAAGAGUAGGGAAGGCAUAGAUGAUGAGAUAGAAGACACUAAUGAGAGAAAAGUAGGCGAAGAAGAGGUGGAAGCAUCGAAAGAUUUAGAUGCAGGAAGAGAAGAGAAGGAAGGAAGUGAUGUAGAAAUAAAAAUUGAGGUGAAGGAAGUGGAAGAUGAAAAGGUUGAUGAAAAAAUGGAUUCAAAUGAAAUUAUGGAGGAGAAAGAGCAAGGUGGAGAUGUGGAAAUGAAUGAAACUUAUGAAACAGAUAUUAGUGAGGCUAAAAAAGUGGAUGAAAUGAAUAUGGAGGAAAGGAAAGUGGAAAGACAGGAAACAUCAGAGGGGAAAGAGCAGGCUAUUAGUGGGGAUGGUGAGCUUAACAGGGGUACUGAAGGUGAACCCUCAAAGAAUGAGGAUAAUCCUCAAACGGCUGUGAUAGAGACAGAAGACACUGGAAUCCCAUUCAAUAUUCAACCAGAGAUUGCUGUACAGCAAAAUGAAAGCGAGUCAAAAAUGCAAGUUGAUCCUGAACAUGAUAAAAUUGAAUAAACUACGACAUCCGAUAUAAACUUCUAAACUUGGGGCAUGACAUUCUGUCCUGUGAUUGCAACUAAUUCCUUGAGUAGUUUAAGUUCAUGUAAAAUACAUUGUUUAUUCAUCAAA